AUGGCUGGAUCAGAUAUCCCAGAGUCGAAUUGCGAUGUACUCAUCGUCGGCGCCGGCCCAGCAGGGCUCAUGUCCGCCACAUGGAUGGCAAGAUGCGGUAUCAAAGCUCGCAUAGUAGAUAAGCGCGGGACCAAGAUCUUCAGCGGUCAAGCCGACGGGCUACAAUGCCGAAGUUUGGAGAUCUUCGAUAGCUUUGGCUUCGCGGACCGGGUGUGGAAGGAGAGCAAUCACAUGAUUGAGGUAAGUUGUAUAAACCCAGGUCCAGACGGCAGGAUACGGCGGUCAGACCGGGUGCCAGAUACGAUACCAGGCGUAUCGCGUUUCCAGCAAGUGGUCUUGCACCAAGGCCGCAUCGAGCGCUUCUUCCUUGACCAUCUGAAGAAGUACUCCGAUAUCACCGUGGAGCGUGGCGUGCUUCCGGAGUCGCUCGACAUCGAUGCCUCAAAGAUCGAGGACAAUGACGCAUACCCCAUCACGGUCAAGCUGCGGCAUUUGACGGACGAGGAGGCGAUGCCGGCGCAGUCGAAGUCGAGCGAUAUUGCGGAUGGGCUGUUUAGGAGUAAUUUGGCUGCAGAUGACACGGAUGAUCUGAUCAGGAAGAGCACCGGGAAUGAGGGCAAUGCUGAGAUCGUCCAUGCGAAGUACAUGAUUGGGUGUGAUGGCGCGCAUAGCUGGACGAGGAGGCAGCUUGGAUACGAGAUGCAGGGAGAGGCUACCGAUUACAUCUGGGGUGUGCUGGACAUCAUCCCAAUCACGAAUUUCCCCGAUAUCCGCAUGCGCUGCGCAAUCCACAGCGCCAACUCCGGCAGUGUAAUGGUUAUCCCCCGCGAGAAUGGACUCGUGCGCCUAUACAUCCAGCUGUCAGAGAUCCGACCAGACGCAAGCGGACGAGCCGACAGGUCCAAGAUCACACCCGACGUGAUCAUGAAAGCCGCCCAGAAGACCAUGAGCCCCUACAAGAUCACCUACGAGUACUGUGACUGGUGGACAGCCUACCAGAUCGGUCAGCGAGUCGGUACAAACUUCGACGCGCACCAGCGCGUCUUCCUCGCCGGCGACGCCGUCCACACGCACUCCCCCAAAGCAGGCCAAGGCAUGAACGUGAGCAUGCAAGACGCCUUCAACCUAGGCUGGAAGAUCGGCCUCGUCGUAAACGGCGUUUCACCCCGCAGCAUCCUCAAGACAUACCAGUCCGAGCGCCGCCGCAUUGCCCAGGACCUCAUCGCCUUUGACCACCGCUUCAGCAGGCUCUUCAGCGGCCGCCCUGCUAAAGACGUGACGGACGAAGCGGGCGUCAGUAUGGAGGAGUUCAAGGCCGCUUUCGUCAAGGGAAACCAGUUCGCCAGCGGCCUGAGCGUCGACUACGGCGCCAGCAUGCUGGUUGCCAAACCGGGCGACUCGGCUGAGCAAGGCGACGGCACGGAUGUUGGCGUUGCAGGUGCCGCGACAAACGGCAGCAGCGCGAGGAAGGUUGUCGGCAAGCAGGAAUUGGCUACAAACAUCCCCCUCGGCAUGCGCUUCCAGAGCUUCCAAGUCGUGAACCAGGCCGGUGCGCGUCCGUAUCCGUUUCAGUACUGGCUGAUGAGCGACGGCCGCUUCCGGAUCGUGCUGUUCGCGGGCAACAUGGCGGAUGAGAAGCAAAAAGAGCGCGUCAGGAAGUUCUGCGCGGAACUGGAGAAGCCGGGGUCGGUGAUCAGACGGUACACGCCGCCGGACCGGGCGAUUGACUCGGUCAUUGAGAUCUUGACGCUUCAUUCGGCCAAGAGAGUGGAUGUGGAGCUGCUGGUAGACUUUCCGACCAUCCUGCAUCCCUUUGAUGAGAAGAGAGGCUGGGACUACGACAAGGUGUUCGUAGAUGACGAGUCUUACCACGAGGGCUUUGGAGACGCGUAUAAGAAUUAUGGUGUGGACAAGGAGAGGGGUUGCGUCGUAGUCGUCCGGCCGGACCAGUAUGUCGGAUAUAUCGGCGAACUGGAAGAUGUCGAGGAUCUCGAGGCCUACUUCGCCGGCGUGAUGAUCAAGGAUAACGCUGGCCUUGCGCGGACAAAGGUGAAUAGGAACGUGAGGGAGACGCCGAGCGCCUCGAUGCUUGAUGCUGCGAAGGCAUACACCCUAGACGGGCCGCCACCUGAAACGAACGGGGGCGCAACGGAGGCUGAUGGCCCUGCGUCCGGUUCUGGAGCCGCGGUUGGAACGCAAUAG